CCUAGAAGCGGCCAGCUGCGAAUUAAAAUCAAUUAAAAUCAAUCAAAGGCGCUAAGUAAAAGGCAAAAACAACUGCUGUUGGCACCCAGCGAAUUGCCCUGAUUCCGGUUUAGAUAAGAGUUUAAGAAACUACCUGAUAACUGAGCAAAAGCAAGAAUGUGGCGACACCUCAACACCAUCACAACCAGAACCAGCAGCUUCAGCAGAAUGCGCAGUCUCUCAGCUUUGGUGCAGAGCAAGGCUCUUGUCAAUGGCAACUGGAUAGAAGCCAGCGGCAGUGCCACCUUCGAGGUGAGGAAUCCCUCCAGCGGCGAGGUGAUUGGUCAUGUGCCCAACAUGAACGUGUCGGAUGCCCAGGACGCCAUCAAUGCCGCCAAGCAGGCCUACGAGUCCAAGGAGUGGCGCUCGCUGACAGCGAAAGAUCGCUCNCCCAGGAAUACUGCGGCAUCUAUCCAAGCGGUUUCGGCUGCAAUGCGGACGAUGGCUGCAUCUGGGACUGGUGCCACAAGAAGUGUGACUGAUUGA